AUGUCGGAACGCCGCAUCGACGUCAACCGUUCCAACUACUCGGUCAUCGACAAUGAGUUCGGAAACAUGCGCGAUCGCUUCGAGCAGGAGAUGCGUCGUGUUGAAGAGGAGAUGAAGCGCCUUCGCAGCGAGUUUGAAGACGGAGCCAGAACACAAAAGAAGGAAAAAAACGAGAACAACGUCAUUUUCCGGACCCUCGAUGACCAAAUUUCAUUUUCGCGGCGCCUAAUGCACUGGAACUGCGCCAAUUCUGUUGACGAAUCCACGUUUACCGCUUUUUCAUUCUCUGAGAAAUUGGUUCGACGGUUCAUGAUUGCAGGUUAUCGUCCAAACGGAGGCGCACCACCACCGGCUGCCAUUUCCAAUCAACCGUACAACGCCUACUCGACGACUUCUUCUCACCACGAGUCAUCGAACCGUACCGGAGGAUUUGGAGCUCCACUUCAGCCAUUCCACGGACCAAGUGACUUGAUGGCUCAUCGUCCAACCUACGAUCCAUAUUUGGACAACUUGAAGAGUCCACUCAUCAAGGAUGAGAGCGAUGGAAAGACUCUUCGUCUCAGAUUCGACGUGGCCAACUACAAGCCAGAGGAGGUGACUGUCAAAACCAUCGACAAUCGUCUUCUCGUCCACGCUAAGCACGAGGAGAAGACUCCACAGAGAACCGUCUUCAGAGAGUACAACCAGGAAUUCCUUCUUCCACGAGGCACCAACCCAGAGCAAAUCUCGUCGACUCUCUCCACUGACGGAGUUCUCACCGUCGAGGCCCCACUUCCACAAUUGGCUAUUCAACAAUGA